AUGGCCGUAGCAGCAGCAGCAAUCUCCAUCUCCUCUUCAUCCUCUCCCUCCUGCUGCUCACCCACAAGCCCCAUAAACGCCAGCACAGUCACCACCAUCCUUGAAAAAUGUUCGCUCACCAGCCUUUCCAACAUCACCGAUACAAACGCCUCUAAAAAACUACAUUGCUUAGCAAGACUCUCCGAGUCCGCAAUAAAUAGCGCUUAUGCGAGAGCUUUUUUCGCGCAGCUAUUUACUAUGAAGGCACUUUUGAUGAUUGUGUUGAUUAUUUUUUGGGGAGUGAUGGCAUUGCUGGUCCUGUUUAGUGUUGCGGUUUCUUGCUGCGGGCAACGUAAUAGCAGGGAGUACAAAUCCGGAAAAUGCUCUGAGAGCGAUGUGAUUUGA